CAGCGCCCGGAACGACGAUACGUCAUCUGAAAUUCGCCGGAUGAUAAAUUGCUCAUUAGACACGAUCGUUCCGAGAUAUACAUAUUGUGCAUGUGGCACGCGCGCUGGAUGGAUCGGCUAUAAUAGUCAUCAAUGCAUUCUUUGUAGCUAAGAUCUUACUUUAGUAACUCUUUCGGAGAUGAAGGGGCUGAUAUUUUUUUACAUACUUUCGUUAUGCUCCAGUCAACUUGGAGCCGACAAGAAGAUCAACAAAUACGUGACAACGUUAAUAAAUGCCAAAUGGAACGAAACACCUCUCGUACUCGAGGCAGCUGAGUAUCUGAGCGAUGAAAAUCCAAGUUACUUUUGGAAAUUUAUUGAUUCGUAUUCCAAUAGGAUUAGCAAUCUUGUACUGGCUACGCAAAAGGAGAAUUAUGACGUGAUUCUGGAGUUGGCCGAAAAGUUUCUGUCCCAAUCUGAAAUAGCAGUUUUUAAGUUAGCAUUGUCUUUGCGUAUUUAUUCCGCACGUGUGGAAAUGUUCUCUCAAAUGGCUGUGAAUAAAAAUGUUUCCUCGUACGGAUGCAACAAUGUUGUCAACGUCGGCGGAACAUUUACUUGUUCUUUAGAAGAUGUAGAUAGAUUGCUCGAGCAGGAUACUUGGGAAAUUAUAGAUACCUAUGACGUAGACCAUCGAUACUUAAGUACUUCAGAAUCUGAUAAAAUAAUGAUAUUGUAUGGUCAGAUUGGGACACCUAUGUUUACCGAUUUUCAUGAAAAGUUAAAGAACAUAGCAGAAACAAAAGGGAUCAAUUACAUUCUUCGUCAUUAUGUUAAGGAGAGAGAGGAUAAGAAAUUGCGUUUAUCAGGUUAUGGUGUAGAGUUGCAAAUGAAAUCUACAGAGUACAAAGCAACUGACGAUUCCGAUAUUAAAGACAAUACAGGGAAAAGCUCCGAAAUGGCAAACGAUGGCAUGGAGGAAAUUGAGGGGAUCAACUUUAUGACUUUAAAGAAAUUAUAUCCAGACCAACAAGCUGAAUUGGAUAAAAUACAGACGUAUUUACUGGAGACCAGUCAUGAGAUCGGUGCUUUUAAAGUAUGGCAGUUUCAAGAACUGAGUCAUCAGGCAGCUGAAAGGAUAAUGAAGUCCCCUUCUACAGAAGCAUUAAACAUUCUGACUGAUAUAUCGCAGAAUUUUCCUAUGCAAGCAAAAUCGCUAAUUAGAACUAAAGUAAAUAGCGAUAUGAAAAAGGAAAUGAAGCUGAAUCAGGAAAUAUUCAUGGCAAGUCUAAAUAUACAACCAACUGACACAGCGCUUUUCAUCAAUGGCUUAUUUUUUGAUCUAGAAGCUAUUGAUGUUUUAACCCUUUUAGAAUCUUUAAGGAGUGAGCUACGAGUGAUGGAAGCUCUUCAUAAAAUUGGCUUUAGUAACAAAAAGAUGAGUAAAUUGUUAGCUUUGGAUUUAUCUGGAAGCACGGAUAAUCAAAAUUUCGCAAUGGACAUAAGAGAUUCUGCAAUUAAUUGGAUCAACGAUAUUGAAAAUGACCCACGCUAUAGUAAUUGGUCACCGUCGUUAACCGAAUUAUUACGGCCAACGUUUCCUGGCAUGCUCAGAAAUAUUAGGAGAAAUUUAUAUAAUCUGGUAUUAAUUAUUGAUCCUCUAAAUGAAGAGUCCAUGCCACUCGUAGCUCUAGCACAAUCUCUCUAUGCGCAUUCUGCGCCACUGAGGGUAGGAUUUGUCUUCGUGACAAAUUACAAUACAUCUGUGACAGGUUUAAUGGAUGCCAGUGUCGCGGUUAACAAUGCGUAUCACUAUUUUGCGGACACUAGAAGUCCGAAAGAGGCUUUACAUUUCUUGUCAGAGUUAGGAAAUUACAUCGGGCCUUCUGGUGCUGACGUGGAUGAUGUAAAAAAAGUUAUCAGAUCCAAAGACUCGUCCGCUAGUGUACCUUAUAUUCUCGGUGAGGAGUCCGAAUACGAUGUAGGACGGCAUCUAGCCAGCGACUUUGUAAAACGAUGUGGAUUCAAGAAAUUCCCACAAGCUUUGUUGAACGGUGUUCCUUUGACGCCUAAUCAGAUCAAUUCUGAAUCGUACGAGGAAGCAGUGUUAUCUACUAUCAUGUCGCAGACACCUAUGUUGCAAAAAGCAGUGUAUCGAGGUGAAGUGACGGAAGGAGACGACAUUGUUGAUUUUCUCAUGAACCAACCAAAUGUUAUGCCACGAUUGAACGAGCGUAUUUUAAAGGUGGACAAGAAUGCGUGGUUAAAUUUAAUUGGUACAAUUCCUGAAGAUGACGACUAUACUAAAUGGACUUCUCCAAAUCUGUCAACUUAUUUAAUGAAGAAAAUGCAUUAUCUCUUUGUACCACGUCGUAAUAUGCGUCAUUUAUAUUCCUUCUGGGUUGUAGCUGAUUUGAAAUCGUUGGCUGGCAGACAAUUAUUACGAGAAGCCCUUGAAUAUGUGGAAUCAAAUACUGAUGCGCGAAUUAGUAUUAUUAUUAAUGCGAAAGAUGACGCGAAUCUAAAGUCUGAUAUUAACAAAAUUGUGCUUGCGGUAAUAAGUGCAUUAUCACCGGAAAAGGCUAUACUUUACAUGCGUAAAAUCCUCAAAGAAGAAAAUGCAGCUCUCAUUGCUGAUAGUAACUUUGAGAUUGAGGAUGAGUCUGUAGCAGCAAUUUUAAAGGAUCAAAAUUCGAUGUUGCUAUUACAUCAACAUUACGUUAAAACCGUUUUAAACAUGGAGAUAGGAAUAAGAGCAGUUUUGUGCAAUGGCCGCAUCAUUGGUCCCUUGGAUAACAACGAAGAAUUUACAAAUGAAGACUUCUCUUUAUUAGAAAGAUUUAGUCAAAGCACCUAUGGCGAGAAAUUAUUUAUGAAAUUGAUAAAAGAUCAAAUCUUCAAUGAAGAUGAAUAUGAAGAGAGUGAUAUUACGGAUGAUACGAUUAUGAAGAUCACUUCGCUCUUGGUGCCACGUCCACAAACUCGAAAUCGGUAUGAUGUUCCUUUCCAUGGAGAUGAUCACAGCGUCAUAAAAAUUCCAGCAACCAAUUCCGAUGAAAUUGCUUUCAACUUUAUCGCCAUUGUCGAUCCAGUUUCACGUGGUGCUCAAAAAUUAGGCCCAAUAUUAAAAACGCUACAGCAAGCUUUAAAUUGCAAUAUAAAAGUAUUUUUGAACUGCGUAGACAAGAAUAGCGAUAUGCCAUUAAAGAGUUUUUAUCGAUUUGUGCUCGAAUCUGAGUUGCAGUUCACAACAGAAGGAGAUAUCAGUGGUUCUAUCGCCAAGUUCACAAAACUUCCAACUUCGUCAUUAUUAACGCAAUACAUUCAUGCACCUGAGAACUGGCUCGUGGAAGUAGUUCGCAGUGUUUACGAUUUAGAUAACAUUAAGCUCGAUAAUGUUGCGAUGGGCGUACACAGUGAAUUCGAGUUAGAAUACUUGCUGCUCGAGGGUCACUGUUUUGAAGCGGUAAUGGGGAAUCCACCGAGAGGCCUUCAGUUCACAUUGGGCACCGAGAAACAGCCUGUGAUGGUUGAUACUAUUGUAAUGGCCAAUCUAGGGUAUUUCCAACUCAAGGCAAAUCCAGGCGAAUGGGUGUUGCGACUUCGGCAAGGACGGUCCGCAGAAAUAUACGACUUUACUACUGUCGACGGGCAGGACGUUAUUCAGAACGGCAACGAUGUGAAAGUCCUGAUAAGUUCUCUGAGGAGUCACGUGUUGAAAGUGAAGGUUUCCAAGAAGCCGGACAAGGCGGGGAUGGAUCUUUUGUCGGACAACGAGAAGGAUUCUGGAUUAUGGAACUCCAUUUCUAGCAUUGCCAAAUUUUGGACGUUUACGGCGACAGACGAGAAUGAAGACAAAGAUGAGAAAUUAAAUAUCUUCUCUCUUGCCUCUGGCCAUUUAUAUGAAAGAUUCCUGAAGAUCAUGAUGCUAAGUGUUAUUAAACACACUAAAACGCCUGUCAAAUUCUGGUUCUUAAAAAAUUAUCUUUCACCAACGCUAAAGGACUUUUUGCCACAUAUGGCUAAGGAAUAUGGCUUUGAGUAUGAACUUGUUCAAUACAAAUGGCCUCGCUGGCUUCACCAACAAACUGAGAAACAGAGGACUAUUUGGGGAUAUAAAAUCUUGUUCCUCGACGUGCUGUUCCCGCUGGGGGUUAAGAAAAUAAUAUUUGUCGACGCCGAUCAGGUAGUAAGAGCGGAUUUGAAGGAGCUAGCAACUAUGGAUCUCGGCGGCGCACCUUACGCAUACACGCCGUUCUGUGACAGCAGAAUCGAAAUGGACGGCUUCAGAUUUUGGAAGCAAGGAUAUUGGAGAAAUCACUUGCAGGGCCGUGCUUACCACAUUAGCGCGCUAUAUGUGGUCGAUCUCAAACGAUUCCGUCGUAUUGCCGCCGGAGACAGGCUGCGAGGACAGUAUCAGGCGUUGAGCCAAGAUCCAAAUAGCUUAUCGAAUCUUGAUCAAGAUCUGCCUAACAAUAUGAUCCAUCAAGUGGCUAUCAAGACACUACCACAGGAGUGGCUAUGGUGCGAAACGUGGUGCGACGAUGCAUCCAAGAAAAACGCCAAAACUAUAGAUUUAUGUAAUAAUCCAAUGACUAAGGAAGCAAAAUUACAAGCAGCUAUGCGUAUCUUACCCGAAUGGGUGGGUUACGAUGAAGAAAUUAAAGUUCUGCAACAGAAAGUAGAAAAUGCAAACAGGCAGACGGAGAAAGACAGUGAAACUGUUGAUCAUGUCUCAGGCCACACUGAAUUGUAAAUUACAUUUAUAUACGACGAUCUGAGGGAUAUAUUGAAUCCCGAGAUUGUCGAAAAAAUUUUAUAAAAAGUUCUGUAUAAAGAAAUUUUUGCGCUUUAGAUUAAGAAGCAUCAAUACGUAAAAAUUUCCGUAUUUCACUUUUGUAAUUGACAUUUGGCACUAUAUGUGUAAAUAAUUGCCACUGGUGCUCGUGUAAACUCAUAAAAAAAAUAAGGAUAUAUUGGAAGCUAAAGGUUUGUUACUUAUUAAAUCCAUACUUCGUAUAGAAUUACAAAAAUUAUGGAUUUCAAAUUUCAAUCUUAUCUUUUCAUAUAGCGAAUUCGCGAGACUACUAACUUCUUUAGAUCAAGUCGAAGCAAGAAGUCAGUAGAGUCCAAUAAUCGUAAUUGUUGAUACAGUAUUCUGGUUACUCGUGAAUACGAUGUUCUGUUCAUGUUAUUAAGCCAAUUGUGAUUGAUUAUUGUCUACUAUGAUAGUUAUAAGAAAUAAACUUGUAACAUUUGUAA